AUGGGGGACUCCAACAUCAGCCAUAUAUUUGCAGCUUAUACAGAGAUGCAGGAGGGUCUCCCAGCAGGCAAGUUGGAGCAUUAUAUGGAUAACUAUGAUAUGGACUAUGGCACCCCUCCUGAUGAGAUCCCAGACACCACACAGGGCCAGGCCUUCUUUGUGGCCACCAUCAUUAUCGGUGUGGUCCUUGUCUGCAUCAUGCUUGUCUGUGGGUUGGGAAACUUCAUUUUCAUUGCGACUCUGACACGCUACAAAAAGCUCCGCAACCUCACCAACCUUCUGAUCGCUAACCUGGCCAUCUCAGACUUCAUCGUGGCAGUGGUGUGCUGCCCAUUCCUGGUGGACUACUAUGUGGUAAAACAGCUUUCCUGGAAUCAUGGAUUGGUGCUGUGCGCCUCUGUCAACUAUCUCCGGACUGUGUCACUUUACGUGUCCACAAACGCAUUGCUCGCCAUUGCAGUGGACAGGUACAUGGCUAUAGUCCAUCCUCUCAGGCCUCGUAUGAAAUACCAAACCGCCUACUGCCUGAUAACAGGAGUCUGGAUCGUUCCAAUUCUGAUAUCAAUUCCCUCUGCCUACUUUGCCUCUGAGACCAUAUACCCUCAUGGCGGCACCACCCCAACCACUCACAAAGUCUUCUGUGCCCAGAUCUGGCCUGUGGACCAGCAGGCCUACUACCAGUCCUACUUCUUGUUUAUCUUUGCUGUGGAGUUUGUUGGGCCUGUGAUCGUCAUGGCAAUGUGUUACACCCGAAUUUCUUGCGAACUCUGGUUCAAGAAUGUCCCUGGUUUCCAGACGGAGCAGAUUAGGAAGAGGCUGCGUUGUCGCCGCAAGACAGUGAUGGUCCUGAUCGGGAUCUUGACGGCGUACAUCCUGUGCUGGGCACCAUAUUACGGCUUCACCAUCCUGCGAGACUUCCAUCCAACACUAAUCUCCCGCCAGAAGAACUCAUUGGUUGCCUUUUACAUCAUUGAGUGCAUUGCCAUGAGCAACAGCAUGAUCAAUACCUUCUGUUUUGUCAGCGUCAAGAACAACACAGUUAAGCACCUGAAGAAGAUUGUACUGCUGCGCUGGAGGUCAACAUAUGCCCCCAGUAAGACUGUGGAUGAGAUGGAUAUGAGGACCUCCUCUAUGCCUGUAACAGAGGAGAUUGAAUGUAUUCACCUGAGGUGAAGAGAAGAAAAUCUGUAAUCUAGCAGCUGCUGAGAUUUGUACUGUUAGUAUACAGAAACUACAUAACUGACACUAAUGAUUUUAACGUGGUGCAUUUCUCUCAUGUUUAAAUCACAUUUUGGAAAGUUUUCAAGCAUCAUGUAGAAAGGAAAGUACAUGGAAAAUUUAAACCUUAACAGUACAUGGAUUAAUGAGGCAACAUAGCUCAAACUUUGUUGGUCAGUAGUACAUACAGUACUUCUAUAUGGGGUAUUACGAGAAUGUAAUUGUUGUGCAUACUGUGACUACACUGUAUUAUUAGAUGUUGUAGCAUACUGUAGGUAUAAGAUAUAUGGAAGACUUCAAAAUAAGCAGCUGCUGCCUUUACUGAUCCAUGGUGUUGAGAACCUACCAUACAUAAGGUUAAUGU